AUGUACACGAGCUACGCCCUCGCGUACGACUGGUCCAUUGGCGUGCGAGAAGUUGUCGCAGCUCACGGCGACGUGGGUUCGGUGGCUGUGAUCACAGCCGUAUCGUCCAUGUCUCGGUUUGCCACCAGCGGUAUCGAAAUGCCGCUCAACGUGGCCACGUACCUCCGAGGUCUCUGCCAGUAUGUCUCGUUCGUCUUGGCCGCAAUUGCCUUGAUCGCGGGUCUCUACACGCUAGCCAAUGGCUGCACGAGCGAGGGCUACAACCUCUUUGAAGUCAACCGCGUCGGUGGCUUGACCUGGAUCGGCCGCCCGCUGCUCUUUGUGCGGAGCAUCACAGCGCUUUGCAUUCUCAGCACGGCGACCCUCCAGCUCCAGAAGACUGGGAUCACGACGCGACCGAUUUCGUCCAGAGACGACGUGACGUCCGUGGUCGCGUACGUCACCAAGAUCCUCGCAGCAAGCGAACUCGGCUGGCUCGUCUACAUCUUUGACGACCUGUGCAUGGCCUGGACGCGCCAGUACAGUGCGAGCUACACGCCCAAGACAGCCCUCACGACGUGGUUGAUGGCGGUCGUCUUGAGCUUUACGAGCCCCGUCUCACACAGCGCGACGAUCCAGCGAUCGUGUUCUCUGGUUGAAAUGGACUUUGAGAUGAUGUGCCACAGCGGCGUCGUCGCCAUCGGGUCAGUCUCUCGCCUGCUUUUGCUCGUCAGCAUCGCGCUCGCUUCCCCGCUGGACGAGCGCGACUCGUUCUUGGUCUCGUGCAGUGCCAAGUACCUCUUUGAACGGCGAGGUUGGGUCCACGACCGAAUCUACUACAUCGACUUUGCAUCCGCAGCCUUGACCGGCCUCCUCGUCUGCUCGUACAAAAGCGACCUCUAUGUCUUUGACAUCAAGACGUGGCGCACGCUGGUCCUUCUUCGCAGCGACAUCCAAGCGGCCACGGCAUCGCACCCGUCGGCGGCGCACCUCGCCCGCGCACUCCCGCUCAUCACGUAG